AUGGCUGAAUUUACGGAGAUAAUGGAUCUGCAACGUUGCGUUGAGGCAUUUGGCAACGAGUUGGCCUCACCAAUAAAUCCUCUCACCUUCAAAAGCUUUCAAGGAGCCUUGCUUCUUAGUUAUGCGUUUACUUGCUCGGCCAAUUUCAUUCCAGCUUGUACUCCUUCCCAGGGGGAAUGCUCUCUGCCCUGGGCUGUUGUUAUGCUGUUUUAUAGCUGUGUCGAGACAUCCACUAUGUACUUAAACCGUGUACACAGCUUCUUUAUCCAAUACUUUCGAGACACUCGGGCCUUUUACGAGCUUGACAUUAAGCAUGAUCCCUCGAUCUAUUUACAGUUUACAAACAUAUACCGAGGCGCCCGUGAAUCCAAAUAUCUCACAGAGUUGCAUCGGUAUAUAGAAGCCAUUCAAGAGGACGAGGCGUGGAAUGACCUUUUGUUUCAAAUAUCAUACACACCGUCCACGUCAAUCCCCUGCUGCUACUUUGUUUUUGCUCUAGGCUGUCUUUGGGAAUCCAUAGCCGUUAAUGUGCACACCAUUCUUCCGUUUUCAAAUAUGAAAGUAAUCGAUCUCAGGGUACACGGAGAACGGGAUCUGUUAUUGGCCAAGAGUAUGCUUCAGACACCACCAGGCGGACUCCAGGAAGACUUCGCGUACGGGCAAGAAGAACCAUACAACCCCCUAUUGCAAGCAUGCCCCCUCCUGUUCUUGAAGGAGGGUGACGUAAAAACUCCACGCAUCAUUCAAUUACUCACCGUAGUGCUCAAAAUGAUUAACCAGUUCGCACCUGCCCUGAGCCUUCAUCGCAGAAUAAACCGGUGUAUCUUCAGACUAAGCUCCCUCAAGAAAUUUCUACACGACAGCUAUGAGCUAUGCAUAAGCGAUACUUUUAGGCGCAAAAUGGAAGUAAAGUUCGGCCUCUGUAUCAACGCGGUGGAAAGCAGGAAUCAAAAGAGAUCAAAGUCUAAUCGUCACAAUGCAACAACCCACAAGUGGAUAGGCAGUGCUCUCAAGACAGACAUAUACAAGAACCACUUGGAGUACCUCCCAGAGCUAGAGCGAUUCAUUACUGAUGAUUCGUGCGGACCUGCCUCGGUGCCGUCAAAUCUCAGUUAUAGCGAAGAAACAUGA